GGUGUGCUGGCGCUGGCCAAGAGCCCGGAGAUGUGAUGGAUUGAUCCCAAGCGGGCCACACACCAAAAUCUGGACCCAGUGAAUCCCCUUCUGCCCCAAAUGUGGGUCUGUCAGGCACAGCACCUGGUCCUGGGUGGGAAAUAACCUUUGGGGUGGCUGUGGGUGCUCUCAGCUCCCCAAAUCGAGCAUGCUCCUUUUGGGUGUUGGAUGCUGCCGACACGUCACGGCCACAUUGUGCGGGCACGGAGCUUCGCUCCCCGGGGCUGCCGAGCAUCCAAGUGGCCAUAAUUCACCGGAAGGGGAUGAUCGUGGAUCGGCGCAGCCCUGGAAUGAAGAGGGAGAGCAAGAGGAGCGCGCACCACCUUCAUUUCGCCUUUUUGCCUGCGUUUGGGCCGCGCCAGGCUCCGGUGGACGAGCGCGAUGGCUCCCAGCGGCUGAGGCCGUGGGAAAGCUGCGGGAGGAGCGGAUCCAAAGCCGAGGAAGGGCUUGGGGAGGCGCCGAGGGCGGGGAGAGCACGGGCGAGCAGAGCCCAACGCGGCUCCCUGGAGGAGCCCAUGGGGCUGCGGGCUUGGCUGCGCUCGCUGGGCGGCUGCUGCGGCUGCUGCGGAGGGGAGGCGGCGGCCCCCGAGAAGGAGCCGCUGCUCAGCAACAACAACCCGUACGCCUCCUUUGGAGCCACACUGGCGCGGGACGAGGAGCAGAACCUGUGGAGCACCCCGCACGACGUGACCCACACGGAGGCGGACGACGACCGGGUGCUGUACAACAUGAUCGUGGGCAGGAGCCAGCUGGACAAGGACUCCGAGGAAUGGCAGAAGCUCAACUAUGAUAUCUAUACCUUACGGCAAACCCGGAAAGAAGUGAGAAGCAGGUGGAAACACAUUUUGGAGGAUUUAGGUUUCCAGAAGGAAGCAGACUCCCUCCUGUCCGUGACCAAACUCAGCAUCAUCAGCGACUCUCAGAACAUGGGCAAAGCCCGGGACAUCCUGCUAAAGCUGUCCGAAGAGACAAACAUCUUCCCGACCAGCUGGCAGCUCUCUGAGCGCUACCUCUUCGUGGUGGACCGGCUCAUAGCUCUGGACGCUGCUGACGAGUUCUUCAAGAUGGCCAGCGUGGUGUACCCAAAGAGGGCCGGCGUGGAAAGGGCGGAUGAAAAGCAGGUCUCCGCUGGGAUUCCCUCCCCUGGGAUCAGGUUCCCCUGCUGAGGGCUUGUAGCACGAGUAGUGCCCUUCUUUGUUUCCCUGCCGAGAAGCGAGCGGGCUGCCCGGAGAGGAGCUGAGAGCCAGGGGUGCUCCACGGGGAGGGUAUGGGAAGGGGACUGGUGGACCCCAAGGUGCUACAGGAGAAGGGAGCAGGAGCUGCUGCAGCUUUGUCCUGGUGGGGGGCCACCAGCUGGUAGGCAUGGGGGGAAUUGCUGCUCCCAGUAGCUGAAAAUGUGGGAUGUCUCCAGUGAGGAGAGCCACGUUGCUCCACUCAUGGUAUUAGCCACCUCCCUCAGCCCUCCCAUCCAGGAGAACCAGCAAGGAAGGGAAAAUACCUUGGUCAUCUUCAACUUUGGGACACUGCUCUGCGUGCUGCUCCUCAUCCUUGUCCCUGCCGGGCUGGUCCCAGCUCUUGCAGGAGCGGAGCUCACAGCUGGAGCCUCAUUCAGUUGGGUGCUGGGACCCCAGCAGUGAGCAGUUCGGAGGCGUUUCUCUCAAGGGAUGCUCAGCCCGUCACUGUAAACAAAGGUAGAUUUUAGGGAGGCUCCAUGGUGGGACCUGCUGAGAAAUGUUCUCCUGCAACACCCUCAGACUGGUCACACCGACGUCUUCAUUCAUUUCUGAAAGUUCAGGUCUUAAUUGCAAUAGGAACAGCACCACAAAAUUGCACGUGCUGUCCACGGAUAUGGUCACUGCUCUUCAUGAAGAUGUUAAAUGGACACCCUUUGUAUCUUUGUGUGUGUGUGUGUGUCUGACAAUGAGCAAUAAUUUUAAAACACUGGAUUCCACCACUUAAAAACAAGUGGAAGUUCAUCACUGGUUAUCACGUUUGCUGCUAACGGACCAGUUGAACAUGCUGGUUGCUUAGGACCUCCCAAAACAGCAAUAUAGAGCUUUUAUUUGUUUAUACCUACAGAGUUUGAAAUAUAUAUAUAUAUUUAUGAAACGUUUCUGCUUGUCAGUCUUCCUGGGAAACAUUUGUCUCAGCUCUGGACAUCAAUGAGAACUGAAUUUAAUAAACAAAACAUGCUACAAAA